AUGCAACUAAGAGUAAAAGAUGUCCAAGCUCCUCAGUUCACUUAUUUGUAUAAUUUGUUGCCUUACUGCGAAAACGACACAAACUACUGUGUCUUCACGAAUGCCAACUUUCCGGGGCCAAACAGAGGAGUCAGUAUCAUCGACGAGCAGCCAACCCCCGGUGAGGACCGUUCAAGUUCCCCGGCCCUUAAGACAAUCUCCAGCCUGCUCUCGUUCCCUCUUCCAUCAGUGAUCCCCAAGGCAAGACAGGAUUCGCCACCCUAUGAAGUCCGCGAUAUCCCCGGCAAGGGUAAAGGUCUCAUAGCAACGCGGAAGAUCCCCAGAGGGAAAGUCUUUAUGGUUGACUAUGCUUCCCUCAUCAUUGACAUACAGCUCCCUAACAAAGUAAAACGAGAUCAGGGGAGGAGGUUGCUAAAGGAAGCUAUUGAGAGGUUACCGUCUGCCGACCUGAUACUCAAUCUUGCGAGAAGUAGCCCUGAUCUACAAAAUGUACCUGUCUGGGAGGAUGUGGUCAAGACAAACUCGUUUAGUAUAGAGAUUGGAGGUAGGGGGUAUAUGGCUCUAUUUCCUAAGAUCGCGAGGAUCAACCAUGCCUGCAAGCCAAGCGCCCUGACCAACUUUAAUUCUACCGACCUCUCCAACAAAGUCACCGCCUUCCACGACAUCCUCCCCGGUGAUGAGAUUACUAUCAGCUACACCCCCUUCGCCCUCCCCACCCUCACUCGCCGCGCACUCCUCCUCCAAACAUGGGGCUUCACCUGCAUCUGCCCCCUCUGCACUCUCCCCCCUUCCCAACUCGCCUUAUCUGACACCCGCCGCAAAAAGAUCCUCUCCCUAGGCGAGGAAGUUGUGCAAAUACUCUCCAAGAGUACAGAUAAGAACAUGAUGAGAAAGGCAGCUAAGAUGUACGAGGAGGUUGUGCAGGCUAUCAAGGAGGAGGGGUUGAUGCCGCAUAUGGGGGAGCAUUAUGAAAUCUUGGGGGGUUUGUUGGUCGGCGCAGGGGAGGUUAAGAGAGGAAAUGAGAUGAUCAGGCUGGCGAGGGAGGAGAGGAGGAAGUGGGAGGAAGGGAGAGGGGUUGGUGGUGAGUGA